GUAGCCAAGUUCUGAGCUGGAGCGGUACAUGUGUUCAUGCUGCUGUUCAGUUACUCUAGUUCCGCGUUCAGUUCAGUGUACUGUGGGCACAGACAGGACACGUCUUCGCUCUUGCAAUUACAGGCUUUACAAAUCAAACUAAUAUGCCAACGGCAUACAUCUUCCGGCCAGGUGGUCUUCUGCUGGUCCUUGUGGUGGUGCUUCUUUCUCUGCUCCAGGCUGCACUGGCACGCGACCGAUCGUUUGCCCUGCUCGAUUGUCCACCAGAGUGUAUGUGCGAUAGAAGCUCGCCGGAAGUGGGGAAUGGAUCCAACAAAACUUCGAAACCAUCGGCAUCGGACUACGAAGCUGACGGAGGUGUCCCAUCGUUCCAUGCGCUGUGCAUGGUGGGACAGGGCGCAGGGUUCGAGAAGAUUGAGGAUAUCCUCUCGCUGGAUACGACGGUGUUGAAGAUAAUUUACACCUCCCAAACGGAACAGUACCAACUGAAUGCGUCCAGUCUGGUCCGCUUUCGCCAUCUUCGGGAGCUACACGUCCAGUCGGUGCAGGCCCAACUGUUACGCUUUUCACUCGACGCCGAGCUGCCCGUUGCGCAGCUUCACCUAGAAUCGCUGGAACUCGUGCGGACUGCGCCACCUACCGUACUCGAUCGAACAUUGCCAUCUCUGACCGAGCUCGGUCUGCAACCUUUGCCGGGGGCGAAUGGAAACGAUGCCAACGGUUAUCAGAUCGUUGGCGACGAGGAGGAAGAGAUGGUGGUCAACAGUGGCACCGAUACGCUCACCGAAACAUUCGAGCUGGAGAUCGUACCGUACGAGGUGUACAAGCGUGAAUUGGCCAGCACCAGCAAUGUUUCGUUUUACGGCUGGACCAACCUAACCGCGCUCGCCAUUCACGACUGUCAGCUGGAAUCGCUGCAUCCCGACUUCCUGUACGGACUCGAUCGGUUGGUUCGGCUGUCCCUUCAGCACAACAACCUCAAGAUAUUGCCCCCGUUCGCGUUCUACGGUGCUCCCAACAUGCGUUUGUUGUCCCUCGCCCGGAAUCGCUUGCUGGAGGUCAGCUACUACUCUCUGGCCGGGUUGCUCGAGCUGCAGGUGCUGGAUCUGUCUGCCAACAACAUCUCCAAGGUGUCGGAGCUCACGUUCCCACCGUUUCCGAAGCUGGCCAAGCUCGAUCUGCGACAGAACCCUAUCGAGUACGUGUUCGACAGUUCGUUCGCUAUCGCCAACAUGACGCGCUCGCUGUUCAUCGGCAGCGAUGUUGUCGGUCUGCAGGUCGGAACACCCAAACCCUUCCAAGGGUUGGCCCAGAUGGAGCUGCUGGAGAUCCGCAAUCUGCAUCUGCCCGCCCUCAACCAGUACCUGUUCCGAGGACUUCGAUCCCUGCGCACUCUGCGGCUGCUGCAGGGCAACAUCUCGUUCGUCGAGUACGACAGUUUCGCCGAGAUGAAGAACCUGACCGAGCUGUACGCGUCCCGCUGCUCGAUCGCCGCCAUUUCCAUGGACGCAUUCUUCGGCGUGAAGCGCCUGCAGGUGAUCGAUCUGUCGUACAACCUACUGGCCGUGCUCCCUGUUGGGCUGUUCGACGAGCAGCUUCAGCUUCUCGAACUGUACCUGCACGGAAACAAGCUCACCCAGCUGCCCACCGACUUCUUCCGGCGUCUCGCCCCGGCCGUACAAAUCGUGCGUCUGAUAGAGAAUCCGUGGGAAUGCAGCUGCUCGAUGGUACAGUGGCGUCAAGCGGCUACCAACCGACUGAAGGUUUCCUCCUCAUCCGGCAACCCACUGGCCGCGUAUGUGUACAGCAACAAGCUAACCCCUCGCUGUAGUGACCCUGCCAGGGGCAUACAGAACCGCGGCGUGUACUAUGUGAUCCGCAAGAAUCUCCAGUGCAGCGAGGACACUAACCGAAGCGCACAGAAAGCCAUUCUGCGCAUCAGUGAAAUGAAUCGCCGCAAGCAACAGACACUCUUGCAGAAACGAUACCACGACCAACGACCCGCCCCAACGAUUCGAGUGCCCGUCCCCAACGUUAAUCCGGUACCAGCGGUGUACCAGCGGCCACAACAUUCCCUGCUCUAUCAGCAAAAGCGUCAACGGCUGCAACAGAAGCUCCACAGCAAGCUACGGUACGCGCCGAUCGCAGCAAACGCCACGCAACGCAUCAUUAGCAAUGAGAUCGAGUACUAGUAAUAAGUAACCAGGGCGCGCCCGACAGGGUUUCGCCGGAAGAACAAAUAAAGUUCGAACCUUUUAGUAGAUCCCUAUUAA